AUGGCCAAUAGAGUACGACAAGGAAUUCGUACGGAAUUUGGGGAUGCAAAGUUUAGUAUUCUUGUUGAUGAAGCACGAGAUGAAUCUUCACGAGAACAAAUGGCUAUUAUCCAGAGGUUUGUGAACAGUAAUGGAAUUUUGACAGAACCUUUUUUUGCAAUUAAAAGUGUUAUUGACACUACCUCAUUAAAUCUUAAGAAUCAGAUUUCUGAUAUUCUUGUUCGUUUCAACUUUCAAGUGCAAAACAUGAGAGGCCAAGGGUAUGAUGGUGCUAAUAAUAUGCGUGGUUCUUGGAAUGGACUACAAGCAGUAUUGCUUAAAGAUUGUCCAUAUGCAUACUAUGUUAAUUGUUUUGCCCAUCGUUUACAAUUCACAUUAGUUUCUGCAGCUAAGGAUGUCUCACGCAUCAAUGAGUUGAAAAGAAGUACUCGUUGGUCUUCUCAUUACAGCUGUGUAAAGAGUUUGAUUGAUAUGUAUGCUGCAACUUGCAAGGUGCUUGAGUAUCUUAGUGAUCAUUCUACAAGUACAAGAUCUCGGUCCGAAGUUGGUGGUGUUUUCAAAAUCAUAACAACAUUUGAAUUUGUAUUUAUCUUGCAUUUAAUGCGUAGAAUAUUAGCAAUUGCGGAUGUUCUUUGUCAGUCCCUUCAAAAAAAAACUCAAGACAUCUUAACUACUAUGAGAUUUGUCUGUACUACAAAAACUAUCCUUCAAGCAUUAAGAGAAGAUGGCUGGGAAGAAUUUCUUGAAGAGGUGAAAUGUUUUUGCUCAAAAAAUGAUAUACAUGUACUUGACUUUGAUGGUUCGUAUAUGGUUGGCCGUUUUCGUGGUCGUGAUCGUGGUCGUGAUUAUCCUACCAUUGAACAUCAUUACCACUUUGAUAUUUUCAAUGCAACCAUUGACUUUCAGAUGAUGGAGUUAGAUACAAGAUUUAAUGAGACAUCAAUAUAG